CUGCCUGAAAAGGGAAGGGUACAGGAUGCGCAGGUGGAGGCCUCGAGGCAGACCGUCACCAUCUACUCUUCUCCAGCGGGGCGGGGCAGCUACAUAUACCCUCCACAUCCCUGCGCUUGUGUCAAUCUCCCCGACAAUCUCUGCCUGCCAAUUUGAUUGCGGCCCCCGCAGACACCGCGCUUCCGCUUGUGCUUUCACCGCUUUACGCAGGCACACUCUUGCUUAUAACCUCGCUCACCUGCCGCGGGCCUCGCCUCACCAGCUCCAGCCAUGACUGAGUACGACUACUCGCCCGAAGCCUACGAGCGGUACCAUGCCAAGAUGUCCAAGAUCCAAGACUGGGCACAGAGCGUGCCCACCCACACCCGUCUUGCCAACCCUUUCACAACCGCCACGCAUGCCCCCGCACGCCCCCAGAGUAUCGUCUCUAGCGUCGGGCCGUCACCGUCGGUCCGUGGCCAGCAACGCAUCCAGCUACGUCCCCUGCACAUCCCAGACAACCACACCCGUCGGGAGCCCUCACCGCAUCAGUCCUCACACCGACGUGGACAUACGGUGGCGGCCGUCGCGCCACCACCACCCGUGCCAUUAGGCAUCCCACCCUCCGUGGAUUAUCGUCAGUACAUCCAACCGCAGCCACAGCGUCCACGUCCCCACCCCGCACGCUCAUCGACAGCGCCGCCGAACCAACCCGUGCCCUUCCCAUCGGGCGCAGGCCCAUCCCGGCAGCACGCGCGUGCCACGUACCCGUCGGACCGCACGCACCAGGUGCAGCAGGGCAGCACCUACCGCCUCGCAUACGAGCCCGGCCGCGAGUACGUCCUCCAACCUCGGCCCGGCCAAGCGUACAUGAUCGUCCCGCCAAACGGGGGUCGUGUACAGAUACUGCAUGAUCCGAAUACACAGGUCUCAUAUGCCAAGGGCUCCCGUGGUACUGGCAGCUCUGGUAGCUCACGAAGCCCAACGAAGCCGCCGCUCCUCAAGAGGUUCCUCGCCUCAAUUAGCCCCACCGGCACAUCCAACAGGGGCCCGCCACGGAGCGGUCAGCCGCCACGACGACUACGGCGGCACUCCACAUCGCACUUCUGAGCAAGCCGCUGGCGGCUUUGCGUUCUAAGUUAUUCCACGCUCCGUCUCCGGCUGCCGUCCGCACGGGGCGGUCGCAAAAAUGCGCGCUACGAUCCGCGGCGUACGUUCAUCGACAUCCGUCCAGCGAUCCAGCGACACAUCUUGCGCUUCCGGUACAUACGCCUAUCUUCCCGGUCACUCUGGCACGGACGCUCUGUGUAGAUAUCAUCAUUCCUCAUUUGCAUCUGAUUCUGAAGCCGUCUCGUAGAGCUGGAUGCCCCGCUUAGUACAUACCACUAGUAGAUACCUUAACGAGUAACGUAGAGCACGAAAUGUCAUGACCUUCGAGAAGCAGGCGCGGGCGCUAGGCCCGCGCCAUGAUCUACACUACAUCCAUUAUUUGUCUGCAUCUCAAUUGGAGAACUUGUCGACGA